CUUUGCCUAUGCGGACUUCGGACUGCGAGGCGCCGUCGUCGGAUCAGCCUGGCCGCUGCGUCCCCGAGUCGUCGUGCCCGGAGGCGCGGCGCGAGCGAUCCAACACGUGCGAGCUCCCGGACCACGUGUGCUGCCGCCGGGAGUCGAGACCGCAGCGCUCCGCUGCCGACAAGGACCGCAUGUUGGCCGUACUCCAGGAGAACAGGCUACUAUGCGGCCGGAAUCCCCCCAGCAAGGGCGACAAGAAACGGUUCCCAGUGCAUUAUGUGCUUGGAGGAAGAAGCGUCCGCAGUCAUGGGGAGUACCCGUUCGUGGUGGCAGUGUUCCGCGACAAGAUCAAGGUGGAUAACUUCUGGUGCGGCGGGGUCCUGAUCACGAAGCAGGUGGUUCUGUCGGCGGCACACUGCUUCUACAAAGCGAAUGACACGGAGUUCUUCGUGCGCUUGGGCAGCCUGGAAAUAUCCAAGAGCCGCGUGCGCGGCGCCAUGACGCAGACGGUGGAGCGCAAGGUCAAGCUCGUCCACUUGCACCCGGCCUACAACGGCAAGCAGCAGAACAGCGACGUGGCGCUGCUGCUUCUGCACAAGGACGCGGGCGUGAGCGAGUCCCAGAUGCCGGCCGCCUGCCUCCCCGACGAGGACGAGUCGCCCGACGCCCACCAGGGGGUCAUCCUGGGCUGGGGACACAACGGGUUCGGAGGGAAACUGCAGACAAACCUUCAGGAAGCUGAUGUGCCCCUCGUGAGCAAUGAGCAAUGCGACAAGCUCUACAAGACCCUCGGAACUUACAAGACAGUCUUUCAUCACGGCGUCGACCAGGACUUCCUCUGCGCAGGAAACAUCACCGAAGGCGGAGUCGACGCCUGUCAGCAUGACUCCGGUGGACCGCUGGCAGUACGAGUGAAACGAGACGGCAAGGACGUGUGGGAGGUGGUGGGGGUCGUGUCCUUUGGCGUCCAGUGCGGCCUGCCAGGAUACCCAGGCGUAUACACUCGCGUGGCUACCUUCGUGCCCUGGAUCCUGCAGUCUGCCGCAAAGAUUGCCAAGAUCAAAGGAAAGCCCGCCGCGGCCAUACGGCAGCGCCCCAAACCUUAGUCAUGCUCUGUCUUACGUUGAGCAGCACGCGAUUCCUACAAUCUGACCGUAAUGCCAUAACUGGUAAAGUGUUACUGUGGUCGUUACACAGCAGACUUCUGGCCAAACACGGCUCACACUGGAAUGGCUGGUUGUGAUUACACUUGUCAACUGUUCAAAUUUUUGCACGAACAUGCGCCUCAUGUGCAUGCAUACAACCUAUCAUUUACACAAACCUGCUUGCCUUAUUGCUGCACUUUUUUCAAGGCAACUGGGCUCUGCAACCCCCAGGGUAGGGUAGAACACCUGCAACCUGGGCAACCCUCGCAGCCUUUAUCUCUCCCUUCAACCUUUCAUACAGUUCAUGGGCCCACGUGAACAUAAAUGACUGGAUGCUUCCCGGACGUGUAAAAGUUAGCCAACGUGUGCACGGACACCAAAUCGGUGAACAACGUUCCGGAGUUUUUCACUACGGCGUCCGUCAUAGCCCAGGAGCAAUUUUAGAACACAAGACCUGUGUUACAAAGGAAUACUACCAUUCCUUUGAUACUUCUAACAGAUUCUUUUUAAUCACCCAUGCCAUAUAGAACAAUUAUACCUAUUCAUGUGGAUUACCUGACGAGGGGGCACAAAUCGCAAUGUUUGCAAUGCCAGCUAAAUAAAUAGUACUAAUAUAUAUUAAAAAAUUGAUAUGAUUAAAUCGCAGAAGAUUAAGCCAGAUAACAACAGAGUCAUGUCCAGUUAACCGAAAUCCUGAACCUAGCUCCAGUUUAUAGUGAUAUCUGUUGACAAAAUAUGCCAAAAAUACAUCGGCAUUUCGAUUAUAGCUUGUUUUUGCACUAUGCAAUUAAAAACUAUUUCCUGUAAAGUAAAUUUAUGUAUUUUGUGGCACAUUUCGGGGAUGGUUAUAUUGAAACUGGACAACCUCCUGAUUUCGGCAAAUACAAGACUUAAUUAUUAUCCAGCUUCAUUUUAGCAACUGCAACACAUGCCCAAAUGAAUAAUUUAAAAGUUAGUUACUCAUUCUUUCGUGAUUUUUUGUAUGGGUAAUGCCUGUCUCUGAGACACCUGAAAAGGCCAAAUUUAGCUACCUGUCACAAGCAAUCUUUAAAAAAAUAAGACCUGCUCAAAGUACAAUAGACGCUGCAGAAACAUACAAAUUUCAGAGGUGCACCUGUUCUAGCCUAGGAGAUGGGGUUCCUAAAAACCAACAGCUGUACAAUGACGGCUCGCUUGCUUCACGCUAACACCGUCACAGGGAAUCCGGCUGAAUGUAACUGCGACAUCAAAUGUAAGGGGUCUCAGAGCCACACGUUAAUUCAGAGGGGACCAGUCGAUGGAUAGAACCCCACCAUGGUGUCCUCCUUUAGGUUUUACGUGUUCUCAUCCAAGUGUUGUCUCUCUACCGGCUUAGUGCCUGUGCCAGCUGCAGGCGCAUUAAGCAUAAACCAUCUCAUUUGCAUUUUCUUUAUUUAGCUACUUCACCGACUUUGGAUCAUUGGUGCUUCUUGCUUUAUAGACAAAGAGGGUAACAGGAUGUAUGGAGGAGAGUAGGAGACUAGGAGUAAGCGCAGGUGCUGAGGCGUAGAGAGCGUAAUGCACGAUUGGAGAACUUUUGCGAUGACGUCACCUAGACAAGAGAGGAGAUACAAAGGAAGGCGUGCACCCAACACAGAUGUGUGCAUUGACAUGACCGUCAACACCAUGUCUCAUUUCGAAUGUAUCAACUCUCCCACCUCUUGAAGUGAACAGAUAUUACGUUGUGCUUAGUGUGUCGGCUGAUGUGUCCAUAAAAAGUAUGUUGUGGAUCUUGGCAUGGCGUGGAGGUAGACAGCAGGGUCACACAAGGAAGCUAUUGCUGACUUUGAGAGUUAUGCGCGAUUGUUUCUGUGACAAUUUUAGUACCAUUCCACCACAUCGCAACAGCCAGCCCAUGGCAAUGGCACGUGUAGGCUGCAACAGCACAUCACACAAGAUGGUACCAGUGCUUGUGAUUCCAGACUGCUUACAUCAUAGUGACAGGGAGAGGGUGACUGUUCCCUAGUGUGCGGUGGUGUGUUGAUAACAUUUCGGAGGAACAACACACAUGCAGAGGAGCAAACGCAGAGCAUUACACUACUCCUAAGGUUGUCUCACGAUACAGUGCACAGAACUAUGAUCUCCCCCGUUGCCUGCGGAAUCGCCCCACAUGGCAGUCAUGUGCCGAAAUGUUAUCGUGCCAAAUUAAAGAAACUGAGUAAGAGUGCACUUUUCUGUGGCUUUUACUGUUAGAGGAAGCAGCAGCAUCGAAAACUCGAGAAAUUGUAAUAUGAAGCAUUACAGCAGUAGUGACAUAUUUUCAAAGUUGUCGAAUGUCUGUCACGUGCUUCUUGCAUUAAAAGAACCACACUUAUCACAAAUAAAAGUUGGCAAACACAGCACAAUUUUCUCUGUGUUAUGACGAUCAAGAUAAUGUCAAUGACACCAGGUCCGGCUGUUGAGACUAACUUCAGUAUAAAAUAUCUUACAAGCGUUUCCGAGGUUUCAUACUUGCUAAAUGUCAUAACUUUAUGUGGGAGAAGCAUGUAGAAGAGUUUCUACAACAUUGAAAAUAUGAGAGUAUUGCUGUAAAGAGAUUGCUCUAUUUUUAUAGUGAAUACAGCAAAUAGCUCAUGCUAAUAUUCGUUCAAUAUUUCUGAUGACACCACUGCCUAAUAUUAGGAAGCAUGUAAAGUGGCGGAGUAUGAAUAUGUCUGUACUUCCAAGAGUGAUUUGUACACAGCAGAAAAAACUGUCAGAAAAGGUUCAAAUGGCCAUGUGAAUCUGACGUAUGCAUGCAAGCAGUGCCGUCAAAUGCAGUUUCGGCUGCGCUUUAUGAACUAUACCUAAAUAUGAAAUCCUACCAUCCUUUUAUAUUGACCACUACUGAAGCAUCAACUUUAGCUCUGUAUUUCCCAACAAUUCUAAAUUUCAAGGUAUGCAAGUCAUUGGGAGAAUUCUUCUGUGCUUCAAUUCCUACUUAUCGCAUUAAUAACCAAUUAACAAAAUGUGACAGUCACUGUUGAUACAAUAGCAUGCAUAUGCCAGUAAAUAUAAAUCUCAAAUCAAUUAUGAAAUUAUUCUGAUGCACCAUUCCUACCUUCCUAGAGACCUGCUGGCAGGACUUUUGAAAAAAAAGGUCCUGCACACAUUUACAUUUUCAGUGCCAUUGUAUGUACACAGCAAAUAAAAAAUUGGGCUGUUUUCUAAAAUGGCACUUAUAAUAAAAAAAAACGCUUUAAAGAGAUUAAGAGGAAAUAAAUUUGCGCAUCUAAGCAAGCUCAGGGAUUUACUCUUGUAUAGCAAUAAACAUAUUUAUGCAACA